AAAAUAUCAUAUGUACAUAUUUUGUUUUGAAAAUUUCUCUUUCUUUCAAAAUUUAUCUAAAUUAUGUUUAAUCCUUUCUAAAUUUCAAAAUUUUACAAACAACGACAAUUUUAAGACACAAUGACUUGGGCAUCUGUUUGGAUUAAUUUCUUAUUUGGAUUGUUGCUAUUAAAAAAAGGUGUACUCCCGUGUUUUUUUCAUAAGCACGAUGUUAAAAUAACAGGUGGCAUCAGCACAACGGGGGAUCAGUUCCCAUUUGCCAUUAGGAUAAUAUUCAAAGCAAGAACGCACUGUAUGGGCGGACUUCUUACCAAAGAGUGGGUGCUAACGUCUGCAUUUUGUAUGAACGAUAUAAAACUACCAUCAGAUCUUUUGGUAGAAAUUAAAAGACAAAAUCUUGAGGAACCUGGUGGUGAACUUAUUGAAGGUAGUCUUAUAAAAAGGCAUCCAAACUACACUUCACAAUUCUCCAUGUAUGAUGUAGCUUUGAUCCAGCUAAAGUCACAAGCAACAAGCUCUGAUUUUAUGAAGUUGGAAGAUGUUGCCUGGCCGAGUACAGACCGUUAUAAAAGAAAGUGCAUGGUAGCUGGUUUUGGAUCUAAAGCAAUCUAUGAAACGACCUCUUCAUAUUUAAAAAUUGUAGAACUGACAGCACGGCAUGGGCCAUAUGGUUGUAGAUGUCAUACAACAGACGAAAACCAAAGAGUGAUUUGUUCAAAUGAAAAGGCUACUGGGACGUGCUCCGAAGACGAAGGUGCUCCACUCCUAUGCAACAAUAAAGUCGUGGGUAUUGCCCAUCAAAUGUAUGAAGUGGAGUCGUGCAAUCCCCUCAGGAAGGAGAACCUGCAAAAUACCUGCAAUGUGUCUGUCAGCUCGUUCAUUUAUAUUUGUCCUUUAUUAAACUGGAUUAAAGAUAUAGUUCAGGAUGCAAGCAUACCGACAAAACCAGACACGUGUAAAGGAAACAGAAACAUAUUUCUUUCAAUCUUCCUUUGGGGAGUAAUUUUAAUACGUUUUUCACUUUAAAACUGCACUGGGACAUCCUAAAACAAAUCCGAUGAAAUUUUAAUUCAAUUAUAUUUGUCCAGGUCUUUAGACAGUAUUUUUGAGGCAGGAAUUUACAAUUCAAGCAUAAGUUGAAAAUUAAAAUAUUAUUGGUAAUUUCUUUCUCUAAUUUAA